UACGUUCUUCUGCUCUUCCUCUUCCGUAGGUUACUGUUUCACACAGAAACGCAUAGCUCCUUUUCUUUCUUUCUCUUCAUUUCCUAAUCUUUUGUUCAGAAUUCUCAUUUCCCUCUUUAAAAUUUGCCCCCUUUGACCAAAGGGGAAACACAACAAUUUUCCAUUCCUUCCUUCGAUUCUCCGUCGGAUCCUCACAAUGACGAUUCUGUUUCGGCUUUUCUUAGUCUUUUGGCUGUUCUCAUUUUCCUUCUCUGACGAGAAUCCCAAUCAUAUGAACCACAAUCGUCAUCGCCUGUUUCCGCGGCCUCUGAUUGUAGAAUAUCCUGAGGAAUUCGAAGAGGAAGUGAGGUUGAGAUGCUGCGCGUGGAGAGUAGCCGGUGAAGCGAACAAUCUGAGCCCGUGGAGGACGGUUCCCGAGGAAUGCGCGGAGUAUGUGAAGGAGUACAUGACAGGGAAAGGUUAUUUAGUUGAUCUUGAAAUGGUUUCCCAGGAGGCUGAGGAUUAUGCUAAGAGUGUACAGUUGAAUGGUGAUGGCAAGGAUGUGUGGAUUUUCGACAUUGAUGAGACUCUACUCUCUAAUCUCCCUUAUUAUGCUCAACAUGGAUACGGGUUUGAGGCUUUUGACCAUGAGAAGUUUGACGAUUGGGUGGAGAAGGGUGUAGCCCCAGCCAUAGGACCCAGUUUAAAGCUCUAUGAAGAUGUUUUGAAUCUUGGAUUCAAGGUAAUUCUUCUGACUGGACGGAGUGAAAGGCACAGGAGUGUUACUGUUGAUAAUUUGAUCAAUGCUGGAUUUAAGGAUUGGCAUCAGCUCAUAUUAAGAGCCUCAGAUGAUCAAGGGAAACUAGCUUUACUAUACAAAUCAGAGAAGAGGAGUGAGAUGGAGAAAGAUGGAUACAGGAUUCUUGGGAAUUCUGGUGACCAGUGGAGUGAUUUAUUAGGAUCUUCGGUAUCCUUUCGGUCCUUCAAGCUUCCAAACCCCAUGUAUUACAUUCCUUAGUAAGGUCUCAUUCAUUUGCAAAUAAUCGGUCUGAAUUGUAAAUAAUGAAAGUGGCUCCAUUCAUAUACUGAAAAAAUAUCACUGCAAAUAAUUCAUAUACUGAAUAUUGUUGAAAUUCCAGUACACUUAUACAUGUAUGAUUGAAUUAUACACCCCGAUCAAUCUAGCGCUAGUUUUUCUCUUCUUUG